UACGGCUCACCUGGGCGGCGCCAAGAGUCCAGGAGGGCGAUCGGGAGGUGAGCGCUGCCGGGCUCACGAUGGCAGCGGCGGACUAUCCCCCGUUCGCGCCGGGGAGGGCGCGCUUCGAUCAGUCUACUUUCUCUGGGCGUUUCAGACAUUUCCUGGAUAUCAUUGAUCCUCGGACUCUGUUUGUCACUGAGAGUCGUCUUAAAGCAGCAGUGCAGCUUCUGGAAGACUUCAAACUCGGCACCCUACCCUUGGGGAUCUCCAACCAACAGCUUUGGGAGGCACAGAAAAUUAAACAGGCUAUUUUGCACCCGGACACCAAUGAGAAGAUUCUGAUGCCAUUCAGAAUGUCAGGUUAUAUUCCCUUUGGCACCCCAGUUGUGAUUGGCCUGCUACUUCCCCAGCAAACACUGGCAACUACAGUUUUCUGGCAGUGGUUGAACCAGAGCCACAAUGCCUGUGUGAAUUAUGCAAACAGAAAUGCAACAAAGCCAACUCCUGUGUCGAAGUUCAUCCUGGGUUACUGUGGAGCAGUCAUCAGCGCAGUCUCAAUAGCAGUCGGUCUGAAUGUUUUCAUCAAGAAAGCCAAUGGGUUUAACCCAGCCACACGCUUACUGAUCCAACGGUUCGUGCCAUUUCCUGCUGUAGCGGCUGCUAAUGUCAGCAAUGUGGUGCUGAUGAGGCACAGUGAGCUGGAAGAGGGGAUCUCAGUGUUGGAUGAGGAUGGAAACACCAUCGGAUUUUCCAGGAUUGCUGCCAGACAUGCACUAAUGGAGACUGCCUUAACUAGGAUCGUCCUCCCUAUCCCCAUCCUUGUGCUGCCACCGGUUAUCAUGUCGUACUUGGAGAAAACACGGAUGCUGAGAACACGUCCGAGACUGACUCUUCCUUUGCAUAGCCUUGUGUGCCUGGCUGCUUUUGGAUUUGCACUGCCUGUCGCCAUCAGCCUCUUUCCGCAGAUGUCAGAGAUUGAAACUUCGAAACUGGAGCCAGAGAUCCAGUCAGCAACACUGGGCAAAAGGUCCUUCUACAACAAGGGUCUGUAAGACAACAUGAUAUCGUGAUCUCUCAGGACCUACUCAACGAGCAAAGAGAAAAUCUGUUAAUCACGAUGGCUGUUUGCUGAUAAUUAGCUAGUUCUUACUGAUAGAUUCCUUGUGUAAUUUGACUAAUUGCUGUUGUCUGAAAAUCAUCUUUACAAAAUCUAACUGCAUUGCCGAUGUCUUCUGACUGAUUCUCCAACCAGGAAUUAUUUUGGAAGUGAAAUAAUUCCCCUGCUGGGUUGGGACAAGUGUGUCUGCCAGGGCCUCGAAGACCAUGGAAGUGGGAAGAUCUGUCCCUUACUCGCUGACAAGUAAUUUGCCUCAAAUAUGCCCAACCUGGGAGCAACUAAUCAGUCAUUGAAUGAUUGGCCAGAGGAGGUCACAGACCAUUGUGCCGUUGCUAGUUCUUCGCUGGAGCUCUUUGAUUCUUCGGAUUCAGAUUCAGUUUAGUGUCUUAUACACCAGGACACAAUGAAUCCUCCACCACCUUCUGCUUCAGCUAUUAAUCUAGUUCCCCUUCCACUUUCAAACUGCCUCCACUACUCUUUCAAGCAGCGGAUUCCAGAUCACAGUUCACUGAGUUAAAAAAAAAAUUCUUCUCACCUCUGGUCCUUUAGCCAAUCACCAGAAAUUUGUCCUCUCUAGUUUGGAGUAAGUAAGUGGAACCCCUCCAUCAAGUCUCCCCUUCACCUUACAGUACUCUCAGGAGAACAGAUGUGCCUCGACCAGCAAGUACCUCCAUCACUGGACAUCCUGAGCAGCCUUACUCCUCAGUUUUGUGGAUCACACCCAGUCACCUGAUUGGACUGAUUCCCAAGCUCGGUGCUCACCACUGGUCUGUUCCACAAGUGACAGAGCCUAGAAUCAUUUCUUCAUUGUCACAGUGGGUACCUGCGCCCAAAUGUGUAUUUUAUGGGUUAACUUGGAAAACAUCCACUGAAUGUGCAAGUGCACCCAAUAAGAACUUGGCGCUGAUCACAUUGAACCCUCUACUGACAUUCACUGUCCCCACUCAAAGGCAGCAACAGGCUCCAGAGCAGAUUCAGGUUUGCAACUCAGCACGAAUUGUCAGCUAUGGAACAGAAGGAGAGAGAGAGGCGGCAGGGAGAAGCAGACAAUUACACUGAAUGAUUAUUAACACUCAUUUCCUUGACUUUAUUCCUGUCACUUCUCUCAAUUCUUUUGAUUUUACAGUGCACGAGUGACAGCACCCUCUGGACUAUCAGAUUGCUCAGGUCAGCUUCAGCACGGGACAGGUGCUGUCACUCCUUCACACUGAGACAUCCGCAGACUCAUCCUCUAGAGAUAUUAAUCUGACUCCCUCACACUGUCCCUCAGUGACCCCUCUCCCCCAGCGCCCUGUGUCACUGACUGUAUCCCCACUGACAUUAAUCCCCCUCCCUCACACUGUCCCUCAGUGACCCCUCUCCCCCAGCGCCCUGUCACUGACUGCAUCCCCACUGACGUUAAUCCCCCUCCCUCACACUGUCCCUCAGUGACCCCUCUCGCCCAGCGCCCUGUCACUGACUGUAUCCCCACUGACGUUAAUCCCCCUCCCUCACACUGUCCCUCAGUGACCCCUCUCCCCAGCGUCCUGUCACUGACUGUAUCCCCACUGACAUUAAUCCCCCUCCCUCACACUGUCCCUCAGUGACCCCUCUCCCCCAGCGCCCUGUCACUGACUGUAUCCCCACUGACGUUAAUCCCCCUCCCUCACACUGUCCCUCAGUGACCCCUCUCGCCCAGCGCCCUGUCACUGACUGUAUCCCUACUGACGUUAAUCCCCCUCCCUCACACUGUCCCUCAGUGACCCCUCUCGCCCAGCACCCUGUCACUGACUGUAUCCCCACUGACGUUAAUCCCCCUCCCUCACACUGUCCCUCAGUGACACCUCUCCCCCAGCGCCCUGUCACUGACUGUAUCCCCACUGACAUUAAUCCCCCUCCCUCACACUGUCCCUCAGUAACCCCUCUCCCCCAGCGCCCUGUCACUGACUGUAUCUCCACUGAUGUAAAUUCAAUUCCCUCACGUGCUCACUCCACAAUUCCUCUCUGAAAAAUGCAGGAAAGCCUCCCAUCUGUUACAAUUAACUAACCUAUUAGCUAAUAAAAAGUUUAUAAAGUUGGUUACAGCCAUGAAAGGUGUGUUCACAACAGGCCCUGUCAGACUGUUAAUCCAUCUGCAGCUCCUUCACUCUGUUCUCUAAGGAAUGAUUAAAAAAUAACCUGCUCCUAAAAAUAAAAGCAAGGAUUGUCGGGUUUGAACAGUGGGCUCUGAACCUGGAAGAACAAUACUGUCUCCUCAAAUCAGCCAUCUUGCCAUCAUUUGUAAAGCCUUAUCUGGGGGCUGCUUGUUUUGGGCUAAGAUUCUAUUACAUCAGGUGAUGCAGUAAUUCAAAAGGAAUUAAACAAAUCUCUGAGAAUGUGAAUUAACUUUUUAAACCAAUAUUUACUAUGAAAAUGUCUUAAAAGUUAAUAAAUGUCACUAGUAUUCACUAUUUCUAAUCUAAGCACAGUAAAUGCAGGUAUGUCACUCA